CGAUAAACGCAAAUGGUUAUUGGCUUCUUGGACUGAACUUUCUAUACAUGCAACAAGAUGCACUCAGACACCCCGAGACGUCCCCUCCCUUUGGUGGCCCAGUGGCACGGGCAGCAGAGCCCUGCGAGGGCGAGAAUCACGGACUCCGCACAAUCCAAUGUGAACUCAAGCGAAGCCGUUCAUUGCUUGUUACAAUUCUCCUUAAGUAUCUUUUUGACCUGUCCACGCACUUACAGACUGCAUGUAACUGGACAAGAGCUGCUGUUCACGCGCCGCAAACCCACGAGUGACUGGAUGUUACAAAUCCGCACGAGCUCUAGUGCUAAGCAAAAAGUAUCUACAAAAUUGGUGACUUGCUGACACUUCUUCCCUUGCUCAAGGCUGCACGAGCUCACGUAAGACGCGGAGGCAGUUUUGCUCUCUUCUGGGUCACAUAGGCCUCACAGGCCUGUUCAGUUCAGUUCCAUAUAACAUCCGUUCUAUUCAAGAAAUGCCUCAGAUCUCCCACAGAGCCCCACACGGCAAAGCCCGCCACAUCUGCCCCAGGCUGUCCUGCCCUGGCUGGUGCUGACAGGAGGGGAGACCGGGUGGUGACAGGCCUGGGGGGUGACAGGAGUACAUGGAGCAGUGAGAGGCCUGGGGGGUGAUAGGACAUGGCCCUUUUGUCACAGCACACCGGGCUGUGGAAUGCGCGGGGGCUGCGCGGUGCCACUGUGACUGCAGGUGAGGCGCUGCUGGUGACCCCUACAGUUGGUGUACAGUUGGUGUCCCGAGCAACCCCCAAACUGAGCCCUGAGACAGGGGCGCCUGAGCCGGGCCUGGGAGCGCUGUGGGACAGAGAGGGAGCAGAGACGGAGCCGAGGCCGCGGGAGCCUUUCCCUCCUGUGCGCCUGCCCGGGCUGUGAGCUCGGGCUCAGCCCGCAGCGCUCGCCCCAAAGCCCUCGGUGGACCUUCCUGCUGUCGCCGUGGGGGCAAACCCAGCGUGGGGGCCAGGGCGCCGUUUGCCACAGCAGACGCUGUUGUGGAGCAGCAGCACCCGGCCAUGGGCACGUCACGUGUCUACUACAAGUUCUUCGCCGCUCUGGACUACGAAGCAGUCACCUUCAACGGCCUCCAUAUCUCCCUGCACGAGCUCAAGUGCAAGAUCAGGGCUCGCAAGAAGUUGAAGGCGACCAAGUGUGACCUGCUGGUCACCAACGCACAGACCAAAGAAGAAUACACAGAAGAUAAUGCCCUGAUUCCAAAGAACUCAUCAGUGAUUGUUAGAAGAGUCCCUGCUGGAGGAGUUAAAGCCACCAGCAAAACAAAUGAUGUGUGAGUAUCCAUGAAGCAUUGAUUCCUUGUUAGGGGUUCACUGUGUUCACUUUUUGUGUUGA